UAUGUGUGUGUAUAGUACACCACCAUACCAUUGUGUUCUUUUAUUAGUGUUUGUUUGCUUUUAACUUUUACAUGUUUAUGGGAUGAAAAUCCCAAAUCAAUACUCUGUUCUUGUAGCUGUGGGUGUAGUUGUGCAUAUUAGAAUAAUAUAAAUGAAUCAAAUUCACCAAACACCUCACCAUUCUUGUCUUUUUCUCUCUCUCUCUCUCUAGAAAAAUCUCUUUUUCCAGAUCAAGAACCUUCCUUUGGUCAAUUCUUUGAGACCCACAAGAUUUUAACCAUUUACUACCAUUCUUUAUCACUCUAUAUAAAACACUCUGUGUGUUUCUUGAUCAUCAUCAUCAUCAUCAUCAUCAUCUCAAUUGCAAUUAUGUUGGAGGCUGAAAAAAGAUUUGAUCCUGAAGAAGUGAUAGCAGAAUUUGAAGCUUUGACCAAAGAUGCUAAGAGGGUUCAAGUUGAAACUUUAAAGAAAAUCUUGGAAGAAAAUAGUGAAGCAGAAUAUUUAAAAAAAUGGGGUCUUGAUGGUAAAACUGACCCUGAAAGUUACUGCUCUUGUGUCCCUCUUGUUACCCACAAGGAUCUUGAGCCUUUAAUUCAACAAAUUGCUGAUGGUUCACCUCACCCUAUUCUCACUGUCAAGCCAAUUACCACUAUUACAUUAAGUUCUGGGACUACUCAAGGGAAGAGAAAGUUUGUACCUUUCAAUGAUGAAUUGACCGAAAAUACAAUGCAGAUUUAUCGAACCUCUUACGCUUUCAGAAACAGGGAAUUUCCAAUUGGAAAUGGGAAAGCUUUGAGCUUUAUUUACGGAAGCAAACAGUUCAAGACAAAAGGCGGUUUGCUAGCAGGCACUGCAACAACCAACGUAUACCGUAGCGAACAAUUCAAGAAAACAAUGAAGGAUAUGCAGACCCCAUGUUGUAGCCCUGAUGAAGUCAUUUUCGGGCCUGAUUUUCAACAAUCUUUAUACUGUCAUCUUCUUUGCGGGCUCAUUUUUCGCAACGAAAUUCAGGUUAUAUCGUCAACUUUUGCCCAUAGCAUCGUUCAUUCAUUUAGGAGCUUUGAGCUAGUCUGGGAGGAAUUAUGUUCCGACAUAAAAACCGGAACGUUAUCUGCGCGGAUCACUGAUCCAACGAUCAGAACUGCGAUGGCCAAGAUGCUGAAACCGGACCCUGAGUUAGCCGACAAGAUUCAUGAAAAAUGUUCAAGUUUGACCAACUGGUAUGGAUUAAUCGAGGAGUUGUUCCCUAAUGUAAAAUACAUUUACGGGAUCAUGACUGGAUCGAUGGAACCUUAUUUGAAAAAACUAAGACACUAUGCGGGUGGAAUACCGUUGUUGAGUGCAGAUUACGGGUCUUCUGAAGGGUGGAUUGGCGCAAAUGUGAACCCGACCCGCCCGCCUGAAAUGGCAACUUUUGCUGUGCUUCCCAAUAUUGGGUACUUUGAGUUCAUACCGUUGAGAGAGAUUGGUAGUCCCGAGUCUGCAUUGGUCCGGGUCGAGCCAAGACCCGUGGGUUUGACCGAUGUUGAGGUUGGUGAAGAGUAUGAGGUUGUUGUCACCAGUUUUGCAGGUUUGUAUCGUUACAGGCUCGGUGACGUUGUUAAGGUUGUCGGGUUCCACAACUCGACCCCAGAACUCCAAUUCGUUUGCAGAAGAAACCUAAUGCCGACAAUCAACAUAGACAAGAACACCGAGAAAGAUUUACAGUUAUCGGUCGAAGCAGCAGCUAAACUAUUGACAGCCGAAAAACUCGAAGUGGUUGACUUUACGAGUCAGGUUGACCUCUCGUCAGAGCCGGGACACUAUGUAAUCUUUUGGGAGGUAAGCGGUGACGCAAGCGACGAAAUACUUCAAGACUGUUGCAAUUGUUUAGACUCCACAUUUGUUGAUGCCGGUUAUGUGAGUUCACGAAAAGUCCAAGCUAUUGGACCCUUGGAGCUCAAAGUUUUGAAAAAGGGGUCAUUUCAAAAGAUUUUGGACCACUAUGUUGGGUUGGGGUCCACUUUGAACCAGUUCAAGACACCAAGAUGUGUGGGCCCUGUUAACCAGACCGUUUUGAACAUUCUUUGCAAUAACGUUGUAAAGAGUUACAUUAGUGGUGCUUUUGGUUAAGGUUGUUGGGGUUGGAAGUAGGGGUAUGUUUGUAAUUGUGUGUAUUGUAGCAUUGUAGUUUGCAUAUAUGUUAAAAAGGGCUUGAAAUAAUGUACUUUCGUUGUGUAAAAUUCCCAUACACAAAUUUAUAGUGUAACAUAUAAACAGGUAUAUUGUUUUGAUAUAUUUUAUAGUGUAUCUUUUUGAGAUA